UAAUUCGGGGAAGAGCUGACGCAUCAACAGCAGGGACAAGUGGACCACGGAAGAGGAAUAAGGUGCGCCAAUAUUUAAUCACCCCCCUCCGUCACUCACUCUUCCAUGGAAGGCUGAAACCCAAGAAUGAAAAACAGGACUUUCUUUCUUCUUUUAUUCGUUUCUACCUCAAAAGUGUAAAUAUCUUUCUUUCAUUUGCACCUCUCUUUUCCAUUUCACUGCGAAAUCAGUAAAACUCAGCUCCAAGAACCAAAAACCAAAAACCAAAAAGAAAAAAACCCUAGAAUUUGAUUUGAAUCUGUCAAAGGAAAAGGGACAUAUCAAUGGCACUUUCCAAGGCAGGAUCAUCAUAUUGCAUCCCUAGUGAUAUAGCAUGGGGUAGAACUGGACAGAAUGUGGCUUUUGGUGUGGUGAACAAUCUUGAGGCUCCUAUAAUGAAGGAAAAAUCUGUCAGUUUUUCUUCCUUCUUGUGCAACAAGGCCAAGAUAGCACGGAUCUUCCCUUUAGAAACCGUGGGGUUUGGAAGAAAGAGAAGGAAUAGUAUGAUUGUUGCAGCAAGCCCUCCCACAGAGGAUGCUGUGAUUGCUACAGAGCCAUUGACGAAAGAGGAUCUUGUUGCAUACCUUGCAUCUGGAUGUAAGCCUAAGGAAAAAUGGAGGAUAGGUACAGAACAUGAAAAGUUUGGUUUUGAGUUUAAAACUUUGCGACCUAUGAAAUAUGAACAAAUAGCAGAAUUGCUUAAUGGUAUUUCGGAGAGAUUUGAUUGGGAUAAAGUAAUGGAAGGUGACAAUAUUAUAGGACUCAAACAGGGGAAGCAAAGCAUAUCAUUGGAACCUGGAGGGCAGUUUGAGCUCAGCGGUGCACCUCUUGAAACUUUGCAUCAAACAUGUGCAGAGGUCAAUUCACACCUUUAUCAGGUUAAAGCUGUUGCAGAAGAAAUGGGAAUUGGAUUCUUAGGGAUUGGCUUCCAGCCCAGAUGGGGAAUUAAGGACAUACCUGUUAUGCCCAAGGGAAGAUAUGAAAUAAUGAGAAAUUACAUGCCUAAAGUUGGUUCACUUGGACUUGAUAUGAUGUUUAGGACAUGCACAGUUCAGGUUAAUCUGGACUUCAGUUCAGAAGCUGACAUGAUCAGAAAGUUUCAUGCUGGUCUUGCUCUGCAACCUAUAGCAACAGCUCUGUUUGCAAAUUCACCCUUCUCUGAAGGAAAGCCAAAUGGUUAUCUCAGCAUGAGAAGUCAAAUCUGGACUGAUACUGAUAAGAACCGUACAGGCAUGCUUCCAUUUGUUUUUGAUGACUCCUUUGGGUUUGAGCAGUAUGUUGAAUAUGCUCUUGAUGUUCCAAUGUAUUUUGUCUAUCGGAAAAAGAAGUACAUUGACUGCACUGGGAUGACAUUCAGGGAUUUUUUGGCUGGAAAACUUCCAUGUAUUCCGGGUGAACUGCCAACCCUUAAUGACUGGGAAAAUCAUUUGACAACAAUAUUUCCAGAGGUUAGACUAAAGAGAUACUUGGAGAUGAGGGGUGCUGAUGGAGGGCCUUGGAGGAGGUUAUGUGCUCUGCCAGCAUUUUGGGUAGGUUUGUUAUAUGAUGAGGUUUCACUCCAAAAUAUUCUAGACAUGAUAGCUGAUUGGACUCCUGAAGAAAGAGAAAUGUUGAGAAAUAAGGUUCCAAAGACUGGUCUAAAGACACCAUUUCGGGAUGGAUUCCUGCAGCAUGUAGCAGAAGAUGUUCUAACGUUGGCAAAGGAUGGCUUGGAACGAAGAGGCUUUAAGGAAUCAGGGUUCUUGAAUGCGGUGGCAGACGUGGUUAGAACAGGUGUAACACCUGCCGAGAAGCUUUUGGAGUUGUAUCACGGGAAGUGGGGACAAUCUGUUGAUCCUGUGUUUGAGGAACUGCUCUACUGAGUUGAAAUGGAUUCUCAUGAAUCUUAAUUCACCUACUUCAAAGCUUUCCUACUAAGAGCAGUCAGAUUCACCUGGCACUUCAUAACGGGUUUUUUUUUUUUGUGUGUAAUUUGCAAAGUGGCUUUGGAUGUAAUCGUUAUUGAAUCCUUUUCCAUGCUGUUACAGGAAUAAAUUAUGAUGUAAAAAAUCCUUGUUACAAGGAUUUAAUGAAACUUUGCCCCAACUUAGGUUGCAUCGUAAUGCAUAUGGUGAUCCAUUAGUCCGUUUGCUUUAA